AUGGCCGAGGAGGAGUUCGAGAUCGAUAUCUACGGCGACGCGCCCCAGGAUCACCAGGACGGCAGCGCCGAGUACGACGCAUUGCAGGCAAACGGACACGCCGACAACCACAACGAGCAGAAGCAUGACAAUCAGGAGGAAUACCACGACCAGAACGAGAACCAUGACCAGCAGGAUGCGCCCGCCCCUCAGCAGGGCAUCAAGAGAAAAGGCGACGAUCGGCCUGUCGACCCCGGCGCGACAACAGCCAUCAUGAUCUCCGACCUUAACUGGUGGAAUACCGAUGACGACAUCAGAGGAUGGUGCAAGGAGGCCCAUUGCGAAGACGAGCUCAAGGACAUUACGUUUAGUGAACAUAAGGUGAACGGCAAGAGCAAGGGGCAGGUAUACUUGGAGUUCACCACCCAACAAGCAGCGACGGCGGCCAAGCAUGUCAUUGAGUCGGCAGACGGCGUCAACGGUGUGCCGAAGAAGCACAACGUAACUUACUCAAACCCCAACGUCAACCCAUUCCGCACAUUGCCCAAGGACGCGCCGAACCGUGCGGGCAAGGACCAAGGCAGCCAGCGCGGCGGCUACAACCAAGGUUCCUCGAUGGGCGGCGAAUUCCGUGGCGGCUACCGCGGCCGUGGUAACUUCAACGGACCUCGUGGAGGCAUGAACCAGGGAGGCUUCAACCGUAACUUCUCGGGCGGCAUGGGAGGCGGGUUCAACAACAACAUGGGCGGCGGAUUUAACAACGGUAUGGGCGGUGGAAACUUUGGUGGAGGCGGCUUCCAACGCGGAGGUGGCUUCGGCGGAGGCAUGCGCGGCGGUCCCGGAAUGCGCGGUGGCCGAGGCGGCAUGAACAACCCGAUGGGCGGAAUGGGCAUGGGCCCGAUGGGUGGUAUGCCCAUGGGAGGUAUGCCCAACAUGAAUAUGAUGGGCGGUGGUAUGCCCGGUACGACUCCCCUUUUCUUUGGAUUUCAGCAACAGCAUCAAACUUCAACAUCUUAUCCCAACCCCGGGCAACCCGAGAAACGCAAGCAGCCCAGCGGGCACAAGAGCAAAGUUGCCAAACCUGAUAACACCGCGCUUGUAAACGCAAAGCGUCAGAAGACCCAGCCUCAAUCUGUUCCCGCGACGGACAUAGGACAAUGGACGAAGGAUAGUGGCUUGGUGUUCACACCUACUACUACCAUUGGUCGUGUUCCUGGACCUUCGGGACUUGGAUUCCACGGCAUGCCGCAGCAGUUCAACCCGGCCUUCUUCGGCGGAAACCAGGGCGGAGGCAAUGACUGGGGCAACCCUCACGGUGCGAAGCGGCCCCGUCCGGAGUAG